GGGUGGGCUAUAGUGAAGGCAGGCGCUGCUGGGUCUGUUUACUACAGCAGCCGGACUAAUCUCAACUCGCUUUGCUUCAAGCGCUUUUUCUCAUGACUUUUUACGCAAAUAAACCGGUUUAAACCCAGUUUUUUCUUCUCGAUUUCGCUGGGAACUCUACCUGAACUCACUUUCUUCUGGUUUUGUGUUGAAUGCGCGCAUAAAAGGAGGAGCGCAGCUGAAGAGAAGAAGCUGAAGUUGCAACAAAAUGUCAAUUUUGCCGUUUACUCCCCCCAUAGUGAAGAGACUGCUGGGCUGGAAGAAGGGAGAGCAGAACGGACAGGAGGAGAAAUGGUGUGAGAAGGCUGUGAAGAGCCUGGUGAAGAAGCUGAAGAAGACAGGACAGCUGGAUGAGCUGGAGAAAGCCAUCACAACUCAGAUAGUCAACACCAAAUGCAUUACUAUACCACGGUCGCUGGAUGGACGUUUGCAGGUGUCUCAUCGGAAAGGUCUUCCCCACGUGAUUUACUGCCGAUUGUGGCGCUGGCCAGACCUGCAGUCCCACCACGAGCUGAGAGCAGUGGAGCUGUGUGAAUACGCCUUCCACACGAAGAAGGACGAAGUAUGCGUGAACCCGUACCACUACCAGCGCGUGGAGACGCCAGUUCUGCCGCCAGUGCUGGUACCUCGUCACACAGAGAUCCCCAGUGAAUUUCCUCCUCUAGACGAUUACAGCCACUCCAUCCCCGAAAACACCAACUUCCCCGCGGGCAUCGAGCCUCAGAGCAACUAUAUACCAGAGACGCCUCCUCCAGGUUACCUCAGUGAGGAUGGGGAGACCAGCGACCAUCAGAUGAACCAUAGCAUGGACACAGGCUCUCCAAACUUGUCUCCAAGUCCUGUAUCUCCAGCAAACAACAACUUAGACCUGCAGCCUGUGACGUACUGUGAGCCAGCGUUCUGGUGUUCAAUAUCGUAUUAUGAGCUGAAUCAGCGAGUCGGGGAAAUCUUCCACGCGUCCCAGCCUUCCCUCACAGUCGACGGCUUCACCGACCCGUCCAACUCAGAGCGCUUCUGCCUGGGCCUGCUGUCCAACGUCAACCGCAACGCUGCAGUGGAGCUCACCCGCAGACACAUCGGUAGAGGUGUGCGUUUAUACUACAUCGGAGGCGAGGUGUUUGCAGAGUGUCUCAGCGACAGUGCCAUCUUUGUUCAGAGUCCCAACUGUAACCAGCGCUACGGCUGGCACCCGGCCACCGUCUGCAAGAUUCCUCCAGGCUGUAAUCUGAAGAUCUUUAAUAAUCAGGAGUUCGCCGCUCUUUUGGCUCAGUCUGUGAACCAAGGCUUCGAGGCCGUGUACCAGCUGACCAGGAUGUGCACCAUCCGCAUGAGCUUCGUUAAGGGCUGGGGAGCAGAGUACAGGCGGCAGACAGUGACCAGCACCCCCUGCUGGAUAGAGCUUCACCUGAAUGGACCCCUGCAGUGGCUGGACAAGGUCCUGACCCAAAUGGGUUCCCCGUCCAUCCGAUGCUCCAGUGUGUCCUAGGAAAUACCCAGAACCAACAACUAUCACAAUAAACAUGAACAACAGGGAGAACCAGACCAAAACCAGAACCGAAACCCAGAAGAGCUUCUUAUGGGAAGUGGUGGGUGACGACCCAGAAACCCAUCAGCCAAUAGCAAACCACAGCUGACACAAAUCACAAUCCAGUAGCACUUUUACACACACGCGCGCGCGCAUACACACCACAUCGUCAUCAUCUCAAAGAGGAAGUGUGCUGCAGUACGCAGUACACAACAACGUCUCUUUAUACGCUUUCGUUUCACAUCGUGUACAUAUUGUUUAUUAGCAUCGUCCUUUAUAGCUUGUGAGAUUUUGAUACUUAGCGUCAUUUUGCUUGCCGAGCAUGUGUACUGUACCCUUGUUAUAUUAUAAUAAUUAUUUUUAAUUAUUAUUUCUUAUUAUUUCUAUGCUCAUUGUUUGGUCGCAUUACACAAAAGGUGAAUGAGGUCACCCUUGAAUGAUGAAAUAACAGUCAAGUGCUUUCUGUGUACAGUCGAAUAAUAAUGAAGUUUUAUAAAUUUCAGUUAAUUUUAUUAUUUUUUUAGGGGCUUUUUUUGUUUUGUGUCGAACAAAAUGAUAGAAGAUUACCCCCUGUUGUUAUUUGUACCAUUUUUGUACGUGUUUAAUGUGAUCGGAGAGUCUCCAGUCAUGUUAAGGUAACUUGAGAUCUCUCCUCCAGCGUGGAAAAGCACUUCCCUCAAUAAGAGUCUGCCCUCAAUACAUUAAUUCAUUCAUUUAGAUACAGAUACAGGAAGAAGCCAGCUGUCCGUAAUAUUCGUUAACAUUGUCCGUAUUUAUGCUUAUUCUCUGAAAUGUAUCUCAUAUAUCUAUCUAAACAUCUCAAGGCUCUUUUUGCUUAACUUUAGUACAGAUAUGGAUCUGAAUUUGUUCAUUUUGUCUUUAUUUUAAGUAUUUCACCAAUCUUUCUAAACAUAUUGAGGCUUAUUUAUACUCAGUACAGUAUGAAAAUGGAUACAGGUAUGGACUACUAUAGGUUACUGUUCGUGAACUGCGUAAAGUUUGUCCAUAUUUAUUCACAUUCUCUGAAAUCUAUAUAAACAAAUAGAUGCUCAAUUAUAAUUGAUGUCAAUACAGAUAUAGAUACAGAUAUGGAUACAGACGAAGUAUUCUCUCCAUAUUGUGUUUAUUUUGUCCGUAAUUUUGCAAUGUCUCUCAAAUCUAUCUAAACCUCUCAAAUCUAUCUAAACCUAUCUAAACCUCUCAAAUCUAUCUUGAGGCUCAUUAGGCUAAACCUUAUAUAUGGAUAUGGAUAUAAAAAUACAGACAUAGCCUACUGUUCAUAAAUCUGUUUUAAUUUAAUCUGUAUUUAUGAACUGAAAUCUGAAGAUUUAAACAAGAUAAGGCUCAUUUGUGUUUAGCGUUAAGUAUUAAGUAUGGGCACAGAUACGGAUAGGGCAUUCAGUCCGUAAUCUGCAUUUAUUUUGUCCGUAUUUAUUAACAUUCUCUAAAUUCUGUCUCUGAAAUCUUUUUUUUAAACAUCUUAAGGCUCAAUUAUGUGUGACGUCAAUAUAGAUAUGGAUACAGAGACGGAUAGAUAUAAUGUGUUCAUUUUGAGGUUGAAGAACGGAUAUGCAUACGAAUACGGACAGAGACUUCUGUCCAUAACCUGUGUUCAUUUCAUCAGUAUUUAUGAAUGUUCUAUGAAAUCUAAACAUCUAAACAGCUUAAGGCUCAUUCAUUUAUUCUGUACUGUUCAGUAGAGUUAUGAAUAUGGAUAAGGAAAGAGUCUUUAUGGCUAAUGCGCCUGCGCAGAUCUCCACAGCAAACUGACUCUCCUCCUUUCUCCACGCAAGCUGCAAGCUGAUUGGCUCUUUUUGUUGAAGGGUGGGACUUUAUCCAUUAACUUGUUUAUUAAGCAUUACGUGGAAUCCUGUUCAAACACAGUGUAUCUCAGUCAGUGGACUGUGUCCUCAUUAAUAAUGAAAAAAAUGUCUCUGGCUGGAGUUCCCGCCUCCAUUGAUCACCCCUUGCAUAGUAUUACAAGUAUGUAGGCUACAGUGGGUGAAAUAGAUAUAUUCAAUAGAUAUAUAUGAAAAUAGAUAUAUAUUCAUAUGUAAAAGGAGCAUAAAUGAGCAUCUUUGAAAAAAUGCACUUCUUGAAAAGUGAACUAAGUGUUUAAAAAUGAGUGAAAUACACCCGUUAAGGAGCGCCGCAAUCGGUCAGUGCCUUGCCAUGCAAAAAGUGGAAAUGCCAACAUGAACCUGUUAAACUUUCAAUUUCACUGCAACGCAUUGAAGGUCACUUUACACACACACACACUUUACUACACAUUCAGCACAGCUGUGCAUGUAAGCAGAUAUACUGUCCUGUGCAUUAUAUAGCUGUAUGGAAACAGCAUGGGUUUGAGCGAGAGUUGUUGAGUUGUAGACGACUGAAAGAUGAAAGAAAGGCUGUUAUUCCUCCUGUAGUAGUGUUUAAUCUGUCUGUUUGGAGCCAUGCCAAGUCUCACUGUGUGUGGGUGUGUGUUUGUGUGUGUGUGUUUCUGUGUAUGUGUAUGUGUGUGUGUGUGUGUGUGUGUAAGAGAGAAGGUUUUCCUAAGAUGUGCUUAUGGUUGCAGUUUAAUCUGUCCAGCCCAGCUGUCUCUGAUGUGUGUGUUUAUGUACUGUAUGUGUGUGUGAGUGUAUGAUUGCUGUGUGUGUGUGUGUCUGUGUGUGUAUGCCCACCUAUUGAGUUCAAAUAGGCGUAUCUGCAAGAAAAAACAGGCCUCAUUCAGGUAUGGAAGCUUUUUUUCCAGGCUUAAGCUUUUGUGCAUUGUCCUAAUUUUACUGUAUCAUUUUGUUCGCAGUCUCUUGGGCUGCGUUCACAUUACCAGACUAAAAGUGACCCAAAUCUGAUUAAAAUCUGAUUAACUGUGCCAUAAUUUACAUUAGAAACUAAAAUGAAACCUCCUCGAGUGCCUCCAUACUUAAGAAAAGCUGCAUAAACUCAUUUUCCACUGUAUUUUCCAUUCACAUCUGUUUAAACAAGGGACAGAGUAAAGCAAAAUAAUCUGAAAAGAAGGUUAAACUACAUUUUUUAAAGUGAAUUUUAAAUUGCUGGUUCGAAUCCCGGUCAUGCAACUUGCUACUCUACUAUAAAUGCUGUUUCAGGGACAAAUACAGUACAUUUUUGAAUGUAAACCUUAAGAAACAGCCAAAUCUGAUCUGAUCUAAAGAAACAAAUUGGAAUUGAUGGCCUGUGUGAACAUCUUAAAAAUCCUAGAUCAGAAACUCAUUUCAUUUGUGGGCAUGCAACAUAAAUGUGAGUGUUCAGAUUUGAUAUUUAAUCAGUAAAUCAGAAUUGGUGGCUUGUGUGGCCUUAGAUUGGAUAUACAGCUCUGGAAAACAAUUAUGAGACCACUUCAGUUUCUGAAUCAGUUUCUCUAAUUUUGCUAUUUAUAGGUUUAUGUUUGAGUAAAAUGAACAUUGUUGUUUUAUUCUAUAAACUACAGACAACAUUUAUCCCAAAUUCCAAAUAAAAUAUUGUCAUUUAGAGCAUUUAUUUACAGAAUAUGAGAAAUGGCUGAAAUAGUUCAUAUUCAUAAAGUUUUAAGAGUUCAUAAAUCAAUAUUUGCUGGAAUAACCCUUGGUGGUUUUUAAUCACAGGUUUCAUACAUCUUGGCAUCAUGUUCUCCUCCACCAGUCUUACACACUGCUUUUGGAUAACUUUAUGCCUUUACUCCUGGUGCAAAAAUUCAAGCAGUUCAGCUUGGUUUGAUGGCUUGUGAUCCUCCAUCUUCCUCUUGAUUAUAUUCCAGAGGUUUUUUAUUUUUUUUCCCAAAGCUUUUUAUCUGAUUUGUUGCACACAACAUGAAUAUGAGCGGUCUUUUUGCAAAGCCAAAUCAUAUGUGUUUAGAUCAAAUCAUAUGUGUUUUUGCCUGUGCAUACCCAAAUUUAAAAAAUUGGAAUUGAGGGCAUGUGUAGACAUAUCAAAUUUGAUCUUUUUCAAAUUAACUUUGAUUCACUUAUAUGUGUGUUCUAGAUUAGAUACACGCGUUUCAUUCAUGCUCAGCGUGCAACAUGAAUGUGAAUGCUCUUGAAUUAAUCAGGAUUGUAAUGUGAACAUAGCUUUUGUGAAGACUGUUGACAGUUGAAUGGGCAUUACUUUUACCAGAAUAGCGGGCAUUCAGAUAUUAAUUGCGCAGUUCAUCUCAGAUUGCUUUUCGUAAAAUUGUGAUUUUGCUGUUGUAAAUUAUAUUAUGCUGUUGUGAUAUUAUAGGAAAGCUUCAAAUCAGCCAGUUUCAUUGUACAGUUAAACAUAUCCUAAAGUUUAGGUACAGUUUGGCUGUGUUCAGACUGCAGGUAAAUCAGAUUUAUUUCUCAGCUCUGUCUGCACUGUUAUUUGCGAGUGAUCAGAUCGGAUUUGCCUGUCUGAACAUCACAAAUGUAUCUGCAUGGGUUGCUGUGGUAUUGAGCCUGGUUUCAGUGAUGCAAAAGAUACGUUGAGACACAUCUUUACAAAUCCAAUUAAAAUCACAUAAAACCACCUCCAAAUUAUUAAUUCACACAUUAAAUUCAGUGGUUUAAUUUAAUUUUCAUUAUUUUAAAAUGUUCUGCAUUGUAGAUUAAGACUAAAGUUAUCCAAACUAUAAAAGAGUGCUAAACAAACCAGAAUAUGUUUUAUAUUUUAAAUUCUGCUUAGAUGACAGCUUUGGCUGGAUUUUCUCAGUCAGCUGUAUGAGGUAGAGUAACCUGGAAUUCAGGCUUUCAGUUAACAGCUGCGCUGAACUCAUCAAGAGUUAAUUACUUGAAUUCCUUGCCUCUUAAUAAAGUGUUUGAGAGCAUCAGUUAAAGUAAAGUAGUGAAGAGGUAGAGUUACAGGUAUACAGUGAAUAGUGAAUAUUUGAGUAAUGUUCUAAUCCAGAUUAUGAGAAGCAAGAACUACUCAACUAAAUAAAGAAAAAAGAAAAAUGCUUUAAGAAAUGAAGGACAGUCAGUAUGAAAAAAAUAAAGAAGUUUAAAAGUAUCCUCAAAUGCAGUCACAGAAAGACCAUUAAAAAACGUUAUGAUGGAACUGGCACUCAUCAGGACUGCAAGAAAAGCAAGAGUUUCAACAGCUUCCCAGAUAAGAGCACCUAAAUGCUUCUUUACAGAGUAUUUUGGUUUGUUUAACACUUUUAAGUUACUACAUGAUUCCUUAUGUGUUCCUUCAUAGUCUAAAUCACUUUACUAUUCAUUUAUAAUAUAGGAAAAAAACUCUACUAAUCUCCAUUAAACUCCAUUGAACUGUGGAAUGAGUGCCUUUGCAUGAAGUUUCAUAUUUUAUAUCAUAAUCGCAAAUUACUCUGUCCAGUUCAGAGUAACUACUCUCUGUUUUAAUCCCUUUUUCAGAUUAAACAGUCUGUAAAUAUGUCUUGUAAAUGACUGCAUGCCUAUUUUCAGAGAUUCAGUACGUUUCUACACCAGAUUUCUAUUUUGCUACCGAUCAUUUUUGUGAGAAAACAGUAAUGCUAAUAUUGUACUCUUUUAUGUCCCAAGGCUCAAUGGAGGCAAAACUGCUGGCAGAUUAAAAAAUAAGAAUAAAAAUUAAAUAGCCAUGUAUUUUUAUACUGUUAACAGGAGAGGUGGGGUUUUAAUAAAAGGGAAAUGUUUGUCAAAAUGUACCUUUUUUUGUAUAUCUUAUUCAGCGUUUGUUGCUCUGUCUCAUUUCUAUGAUCUCCAACAUGAUUUGGAAUAAAAUUAUAUCAAUUCAAAGCUCUGAAUUUUUAUAUACAGUACUUGUCAUAAAAUAUGUUGUUUGCUUUUUAUAAAUAAAUUCAGUUUGUCACAAAAUGGACAAAAGACGUCCGAUUUCUACUAGAUGCAAUAAUGCUUUUUAGCAUUAUUUUAUUAAGCAAUAAUUUAUAUUGAUAUAUGAUCAGCAGGCAGUGAAUUAUUCAUAAUGUUUAAUAAUUGUUAAAAAACAGAUAUUCACAUUGAAGUCUUCCCAUCGUCAAUAAAAAAAACUGCGAAUGCUCCAAGAACAUGAACUGUCAUCCUUGAGAUAAGAACAAAGAUCUCAUAUGAAUUUUAUCAGCAAAUUGUUGAGUUAAUUUUCAGUAGUAUGCAUUAUUGUGCUUGUGUUAUUUGUUGAUUGUGUUACUUUGCUUUUUUUUCUGUGACGUUGCGCUUAGCUGUUUGUUAUGCUUUAAAUCUUACUUUCUUUUUUUUUUGUAUAAAUACAAAUAUAUAAAUUUAUAUAUUAAAUAUAUUCUGUUUUAUUAUUUUUCUUUGCAUCCGAAAUGUUUGUCACCUAUAUACUUCAUUGUAUUUGUUAUUGUUGUACUUUUAAUAAAAAGAUAUAUCACAAA